AUGAGAUAUACGAUAUUCCAGACUGAUACGAUAUUAAAACGCAGUGGAACGACCCGGACCGAAGACAGAGCACAAGAACAGGUUGGAGGAGCCGCUAAGUGGAUACCCUGGUCGGCAACGGUACGCGAGCUUUUACGCAGCCCUUCAUUGAAUGCAGCCCUGCCGGUUGCUGAUACCGGGGAUGAGGAAACGCCAACAGACGCAGUAUCAACAGGAGAAUGGAUUGAGGGCCGGCCAUUGACAGACCAGACAGAUAACCAAUCGCCCGGUUUGCCAGAGAUCUUCCUGAGGUUGAUGUACAUGCCCUCUGGCACAAUGGGGAUAAUUAGCCAGUCAUUCCACUCCCACUUGACAAUGCUAGCUCAGUCUUCUUUGGCAAAUACCCUUGCGUUCUGUCUUCUCAAACAGCCUCUGCCCAACGUCUACCCGGGCUCUCUCAAACCUGGACAAUUACCCAGUUUGAGAAGUCAAUGUAAUACCAACCAGCUAAUAUUAACCAUUGGUUAA